GUUCGGCUUUCAGUUUCAUGAGAGACUUCCACCAGAGUACAUCGAAAUUCGGUGAAAUCGAACUGAGAAAGAAAGAAAAACAACUGCAUUGAGAUACCUGACUUGGCGUACUCCACGCAAGUGUGCAUUAAAAUACGCGUUUUUCGAAAGACGAUACAAAGUGAUUCAAGCAGAGGGUUCAUUGGACGCUUGAGAAAACCGAGAGACAAAGUGAAACGACCUCGCACAACGCGCGCAAAAAGAGAGAAAAACACACCCACAACCCGUCCCACUGAUUGCUGCAACGCUCCAUAAACAGAAAAAAGAAAAACCUAUAACAUGGAUGUUUGGGGAUUCUGCGUCAGCGACACCACAAUGGCAUAUGGCGGGACCAUGCGCGGAGGAUACUACCGGGACUACGAGGAGUUUCCCUACGGAACCCUGGAGUCCACCAGUUCCCCCCAUGCGGUCAAGGAUUGCUACAGCCGAGUGCAAGAAAAAUGCAAGCAGGUAAAGUCCGAGAGGCAGAUGCGCAAGGACUGCCCGUUCUGCAAGGAGCACAAGAAGCGGCCGCUCAUCAACUACAUGCGCAAGCGCGAGCAGCGGAAGCACCAUGACAGCAUCUGCGAGGACGAGGAGGACCUGCACGAACAUGAGCUGGAGCACGCCCACAGUCACAGCCAGUCCCACGUCCUUGCCGUCCCCCAGAGCUGCAAGGUGUGAGAGGGAGCGGGACGACUCUAUUGCCGACGAUUCCCACGGACAGUCGCGAAAUGCCAUAUAUUCAAAUGUGACCAGAAGAAAGGAAAAACCUGAAAGAGUAACAAAAAACAAAAACAAAGAAGAGCCAGAGGAGAAAAGAGAAAAAGCUGUUAAAGACGAAGAUUGCGCGACAAGGAGAGAGUGAGACGGCGAGACACCAUCGGCAGCUACAAAAAUCGAAGGCAACUGUACCCUGUUUUAAAAAAUGGCUGCCCCAGCAUUUCCGCAUCGCGAAUACACUACCAUUUACAAGAGCCAGAACUUGAACUUGAUACCAAUUUACAACUCCCCUUACCGAUUAGCUACCAUUUCGUUUUUACACCAACUUCGCAGUUAUGUACAACUACAAGGCGUAAUUUGUUUACCGACACGAUGAGAAAAUCAAAUAACGAGAACCUGCCCAGCUUGACCAACGCAUUUUUUUGACCUUAGGCAAACAAAAACAUCGUAAAAAAAGCUUACAAAAAAAAUGAUAUACACAAACACAUAACAAGGGAAGCAAAAAUAGCAGAAAACUGAAUUUUCUAUUUUGCGUACGAGACUGAGUAAGAAAGAAGUAGAAAAUUUUUAAGCAAAAGUUUUGUUUUCUUUGAUUUUUUUGAACCUUAUUGGAUCAGUUACAGGUAUACCAUAUAAACCAGACAUAAUGAAACCUAUAACUAACUAAAAUGCUUCAUUGGCGCCAAUUAAGGUUGAUAAUUAUUAUUUUUUCGAUGUAUGUGUAGCUACGUAUACUUUGGACCCCGGAUUUUUAUUGUAUCCUUGUCUAUAUUAGACAUUCCCCUAUAUUUAUUGUAAUACCAACUGAGCAUUGCACAGUCCGAGCAAGUGUCAAAAUUAAUCGUAAUAUUGCUAUAUAUGUACAAGUUGAAAGUGUUUCAAGAGUUUAUGCCAAGUUAAAUUUUGCUAACACAACUUAUAAUUGCAGAAAAACAGAAAAUAUUUUUAGGUUACUUAGUGUUCAGGCUCAACUGUGCAAGAAAGACGGAAAAUUAUCAAAACCAAUUAACAUUUGCAUUAGUUAUUUAAGUAAUUGAUCAAAAGAUGUAUUGAUUUGUGAAAAAAUUUGCUUGCAGGUACCAAGAAAAUUUUCAAUUUAUACAAUGUUAUAUAUCGUAUAUAUUAUAUAUUAAUGUUUAAUUUAAAUUAUAUAUAAAUCAAUAAAACUACAAACGAAAAGAAAAUUA